UUCUCCAGGCAGCAAGCGAGGCUUCAGCAAGUGCUCUCUUGAGCAUGCGUGAGUGAUCUGAGCAUGCUCAGUCUCGCUUAGGACCAGAUUCGCCUAGGAUCUAGCGCAGGGUCAAGUUUUUCCGAAUCCCAGCCUUCCCCCACUUCUUCACACGCAGCUGGUUUCCGGUCGGCCUGUGGCGGGGCUCAGCCUAGAGAUUGUCAGUUCUCCUAAAAUGGCGGAUGGAGGCGACGGCGCGGGAGGGAUGGCUGGAACGGGCGGCGCUGCUGCCCCCGUCAAGCCCUCGGAGUUGGCCAGGUGGUCGGAUGAAAAGCUUGACUUCCAUACUGCCUUUCUUCAACAUUUGGCCAAAGUUGUUCCAGACAUAUAUUUUGAUGAAAUGGAUCCCUUGCCAGAGAAGGAGGAAGAAAUAGCUCAGAUGACCAUACUUUGCCCUCUGGAGUGGCAUCUGUUUGGGGAAGAUCCAGACAUCUGCCUGGAGAAGCUAAGGCAGAGUAGCAUCCCUCAACUCUGUGGGAAAGUGUUCAAAAGUGGAGAGACAACAUAUUCCUGCAGAGAAUGUGCUAUUGAUCCAACUUGUGUACUUUGCGUGGAUUGUUUCCAGAACAGCAUUCACAAAAACCAUCGUUACAAGAUGCACACUUCCACUGGAGGAGGAUUUUGUGACUGUGGGGAUAUGGAAGCGUGGAAGACUGGACCACUCUGUACAAAUCACGAAUCUGGCACAGCAGCCAGGACAGGACAGAACUUGGGAUGCCAAUUGAAUGAAGAGCUAAUAGCACAAGCAAGAAAAAUCUUCCCUUCAGUGAUAAAAUAUAUUGUAGAUAUGACUGUUUGGGAAGAAGAGAAGGAUCUUCCUCCAGAGCUUAUGACUAGUAGAGAGAAGACAGGGAAAUACUACUGUGUCCUUUUCAACGAUGAGCAUCAUUCUUAUGAUCAUGUUAUUUACAGUCUACAAAGAACUCUUGGCUGUGAGUUUCCAGAGGCCCAGUUAUAUACUACUGCUAUAGAUAAAGAGGGACGGAAGGCUAUUAAGGCAGGGUCAUAUGCUGUUUGUCAGGAAGCAAAAGAAGACAUUAAGAAACAUUCAAAUAAUGUUUCCCAAGGUCCCCUUAAUGUGAAGGUACUUCAUGCAGAUAUUAUGGCUCACCAGAAAUUUGCUUUGCGUCUUGGUUCCUGGUUGAACAAACUUAUGAGCUAUUCAAGUGACUUUCGUCAGAUCUUCUGCCAAAUAUGUCUAAAAGAAGAAAUUGGUUCAGAGAAGCCUUGUAUUAUAAGCAUGCUGAUGCUUUCGGAUACAAAACUUCAUAAAGGAGCAAGGAAGAUCUUACAUGAAUUAAUUGUCAGCAGUUUUUUCAUGGAAAUGGAAUACAAAAAACUUUUUGCCAUGGAAUUUGUUAAGCACUACAAAGCACUGCAGAAAGACUAUAUUGAUGAUGAUCAUGAAAGGCAGAUUUCUGUGACAGCACUUUCAGUUCAAAUAUUCACUGUUCCUACGUUGGCCCGCCAUCUCAUUGAAGAACAAAAUGUAAUCACUGUCGUAACAGAGACACUACUUGAAGAGCUGCCAAAAUAUCUGGAUAAAAAUGGCAAAUUCAGUUUCCAGGGUUACAGCCCAGAGAAAUUCGGCAGAGUAUAUGCAGUCAUAUACGAUCUCAAAUAUAUCUUAAACAGUAAGCCUACUGUGUGGUCAGGCAAACUACGAGAACAGUUUUUGGAGGGGUUCCGAUCUUUCAUGAAGAUUCUUUUUUGCAUGCAGGGAAUGGAGGAAAUAAAGAGGCAAAUUGGUCAGCAUGUUGAAGUGGAUCCUGAUUGGGAAGCAGCCAUUACUAUCCAGAUGCAAUUAAAGAAUAUUCUUUUGAUGUUUCAGGAAUGGUGUGCCUGUGAUGAAGAGCUGUUGGUGACAGCUUACAAGGAAUGUCAUGCAGCAGUAAUGAGAUGUAGUGCAAGUAAUUAUUCCCGGGACAAGACAGUGAUUCAAUUAUGUGGCCAUAUUCUGCAAAGCAAGUACUUCAAGGUCUCGGCAGAUCCUGUUAGCAUGCAUCUACCAUUGUCCCGAAUGCUUGCUGGUCUGCACAUACAAUUGAGUAAAACUGGAGUAAUCUCCAGACUCCAAGAAUUCAUAUUAUCUGAAGAAUUCCAAGUGCAGAUGUUAGUAGAAUAUCCUCUGCGUUGUCUAGCACUGGUUGCUCAGGUUGCUGCAGAAAUGUGGAGAAGGAAUGGACUAUCGCUGAUUAGUCAGAUAUUUUAUUACCAGGAUGUUAAAUGUAGAGAAGAAAUGUAUGAUAAGGAUAUAAUCCUCCUUCAGAUUGGGGCAGCAUAUAUGGAUCCAAACAGCUUCCUCUUGCUGGUACUUCAGCAGUAUGAAUUACUUGAUGCCUUCAAGAAGAUUAUUCCCACCAAAGAUCAGGAUUUGAAUAAACGAUGUAAUACAUUGAUAGAAGAGAUGCUUCAAGUUCUUAUCUACGUUGUGGGAGAAAGAUAUGUACCAGGAGUCAGUCAUGUGACAAAAGAGGAUGUUACUAUACGAGAAAUUAUCCAUCUACUCUGCAUUGAACCAAUGGCACACAGUGCUAUUGCAAAAUGUUUGCCCAAGGAUGAAAACAAUGAGACUGGUUUGGAGAACGUCAUCCACAAAGUGGCCAUAUUCAAAAAGCCAGGUGUCUCAGGCCAUGGAGUUUAUGAAUUGAAGGAAGAGUGCCUCAAGGAGUACAAUAUAUUCUUUUACCAUUACAGCAAGACUCAGCACAGCAAGGCUGAACACAUGGAGAAAAAAAGAAGAGUGCAAGAAAACAGAGAUGAAGCACUGCCACCCCCUCCACCUCCAGAAUUCAGUGCUGCUUUCAAAAAUGUGGUGAAAGUUCUGAACUCUGAUAUCAUGAUGCACAUUCUUAGAACUGUCUUGCAAAGAGCACUAGAGCUGGAAAGCCACUUGUGGACAGAACCUAUGAUCCAAAUGGUUCUUCACCUCCUUGCUUUGGGUUUACUGGAAGAGAAACAACAGUUAGAGAAUGCUCCAGAGGAAGAAGUGACCUUUGACUUUUAUCACAAAGCAUCAAGAAUGGGAAGCUCUGCUUUGAAUGCAAUGAACAUACUAAUGAUUCUGGAAAAACUAAAAGGAAUUCAACAGCUGGAAUCACAAAAAGAUAUGAUCAAUUGGGUACUACAGAUGUUUGAAACAAUAAAACGCCUGAGGGAGAAGUCUUGUUUUCCUACAGUAGCAGCUGCAUCUGGAUCAGAAUCUACAAAAACCAAUGAGGCUGCUUGUUCUUUUCUGAUGCUAAAUAAGAUGCAAAGGAUUCAGGACAAGGAGAAGGCUGAGAGGAAGAGGAAGGCAGACGCAGCCAGGCUACAUCGUCAGAAGAUCAUGGCUCAGAUGUCUGCUUUGCAGAAGAAUUUCAUUGAAACUCACAAGCUGUUAUAUGAAAAUACACAAGAAACACAAGGCCCAGAUGUUAUGGAAGAGGAGAGCAGUCCGCCAAUUAUAGAUUAUACCAGAAUUGCCUUGGGGCCUAAACGAGGUCCAUCUGUUACAGAAAAAGAAGUGUUGACCUGCAUCCUGUGUCAGGAAGAACAGGAAGUGAGGCUAGAGUGUGCUGCCAUGGUUUUAUCUGCCUGUGUCCAGAAAUCCACAGCCUUAACCCAGCACAGGGGGAAAAUGCUUGAACUUUCAGGAGAUAAAAUUGAUCCUCUCUUCAUGGAUCCUGACUUGUCAUGUGGAACUCAUACUGGAAGCUGUGGUCAUGUAAUGCAUGCUUCCUGCUGGCAGAAAUACUUUGAAGCCAUUCAGCUAAACUCUCGGCAACAUCAUCAUGUUGAACAGGUUUUUGACUUGGAGAACGGAGAGUACCUCUGCCCACUUUGCAAAUCCCUGUGCAACACUGUGAUACCUAUUAUUCCUUUGCAAACACACAGGAUGAACAGUGAGGAUGCAGAAGUGGUGGCUCAACUUCUGUCUUUGACAAAAUGGAUUGAGAUUGUUAUGGCCCGGAUAUCUGGUUACAACAAGAAAAACAUUGAAGAAACAAAACAAAUCGCUCCAUCUCUACUUGAUAAAGAAAUGGAAGAUGCCUCAUCUGAUUUCCAUUCUAUUCUUAGCUUUGGAGUUCAACCUUUAGUGAAGUACUCUAAUAGUAUCAAGGAGAUGGUGGUUCUCUUUGCCACUGCAAUUUACAGAAUUGGAUUAAAAGUUGCUCCCAAUGAAAAUGAUCCACGCAUUCCUAUGAUGACUUGGAGCACAUGUGCUUUUACUAUCCAGUGUUUAGAAAAUCUCCUGGAAGAUGAGGGCAAGCCUUUAUUUGGUUCUCUGCAAAAUAGACAGCACAGUGGUCUUAAAGCUGUUGUGCAGUUUGCAGCUGCUCAGAGGACUACGCUACCACAAAGCGUGAUCCAGCAACACCUUAUACGUCUCCUAGGAGUUCUUCUGCCCAAUUUAAAAGUGGAAGACACGCCAUCCCUUCUAGAUGUAGAUCUGUUCCAUGUUUUGGUUGGUGCUGUGUUAUCAUUUUCAUCUUUGUAUUGGGAGGAUACUGUAGACUUGCAACCUUCAUCUAUUAGUUCUGCCUGUAAUCAUCUCUACCUCUUCCAUUUGGUCACUAUGGCACAUAUAACACAAAUUAUUCUCACUACAACGUCAACAGAGUAUCCCUCUGCUCAGAUUCAGAAUGAUAGUGAGGAGGCACGUGCUGCUGAUUGUUUUUGUAAAGAGGUUUGCAGAUACACACAUGGUUGCUAUAGCCAAAGAGUUCCCGGAUGGUAUUUGUGGGAUUGUAUUAAGAAGGGCAUCACACCCUACCUCCGUUGUGCUGCUCUGUUUUUCCAUUACUUGCUGGGAGUGCCACCACCUGAGGAACUUUCAUUGGUUUCAGAGGAAUGUCAAUUCAAGGCACUUUGUGACUACUUGUCUCUACCUACCAAUCUGUUCUUGCUCUUCCAAGAAUAUUGGGAUACCGUAGACCCUUUGGUUGAGAGAUGGUGUACAGAUCCUGCUGUUCUAAACUUUUUGAAGGAGAACCGUAUUGCAAUAAGAUACCCAAGGAAAAGAAAUAAACUGAUAGAGCUUCCAGACGACUACAGCUACCUUUUGAAUCAAGGCUCUCAGUUUAGAUGCCCUCGAUCCUCUGAUGAUGAAACGAAGCACCCUGUCUUGUGUUUAUUCUGUGGGGCCAUGCUGUGUUCUCAAAACACCUGCUGUCAGGAGUUCGUGAAUGGGGAGGACCUGGGAGCCUGCACCUCGCAUGCCAUCUCCUGUGGUGCUGGAGUGUGCAUUUUUCUCAGAAUCAGGAACUGCAAAGUUAUCCUGAUCGGGGGCAAAACCAGAGGCGCUUUCUAUCCUGCACCAUAUUUAGAUGAAUAUGGAGAAACAGAUCCAGAUCUGAUAAGAGGCAACCCUCUGCAUUUAAGUCAUGAACGCUACUGGAAACUCCACUUGUUAUGGCAGCAGCACUGCAUCAUAGAAGAGAUUGCUCGAAGCCAGGAAACGAAUCAGAUCUUCUUUGGAUUCAACUGGCAUCUGCUCUGAGUACCAGGCUCUACUAGAGAUUGAAUUGAGUAUCUUAAAAAGUCAUACAAGAAUUCAUAAGAUGAUUACAUGAAGGAGAAAGGACUAGCCCAGGUGCAUGUAUUAAUUUGUGACCCAACUUUUGUUGGGUCACAAAUGCACACAACAACAACAGCCCACUCCAUGAUUGCUCAACAAUCAGAAGCAGAAAUGGCUGGAUUUAGUAGAAGUGGGAUGUGUGAGUCUUGGUGAUUCGACUUAUUCCACCUGAGUCUGCUCUUUGUAUAACUAAUAUAGACUUUACAAAUUGCCUUCUCUCAUCAUUGGAUGCAAUCUCAAUUCAAAUAAAGGAACAUACAAAAUUUUCUAUCAUGUGUAUCGGCAGCAGUUCAGAAUGGGCAUGUGAUCCCUUAAUGGCUUCAGUGCAUCUGAAUAUAAUAACGUAUUUAGACUUACUUAAUUCCUCCUUACUCUGCUCUGCAUCUGUUUCCUCCUACAGUUUAGCAGCUCUCAAAGUAGCCAUAGACUGAGUUCACAUGACAUGACAAUCUGUUGUGGGUAACAAGCCACAGUGGGUUGUUGGGUUGUGUAAACUCAGACUGCUUCCCGCAGGGUGGCAUGUUUGUGGGCAACAAGCCUCCAUGUCAACCCAUGGCUUGUUUUAGGGGUUGUUCAACCCACAACAGGUUGGCAUGGGGCCAAAAAGAAAUUACUAUUUUUUCAGCCCUGAGAAUGUGUGCAGAUGUGUUUGUAAUAAUUUGUUGUUGUUGGAGUUGCACAAUUCCAGGUGUCAACAAUAUAUAGGCUUGCCUUGUCUUCUGCCUUGUAUGUGCCAGCUUUCAAACACACAAGGUAAAUGACCAGCCGAGACUGUACACAGGCUGAUUUGACAGCCUUUGACAGUUGGCACGUGGGGGAAAGGGGUCAAGGUGAUCCUCAGGAUUUUAAGUAUUGCUCUGACCCUUGGGGGAGCCCUGGUUGAAAUCCAUACUUGUCCCUAGUCUCCAGCAAAUCUUUUUCACAGAGAUCUACAAGCCACCUCUUUUUUCACUCCCAUUCGCAUUAACCAUGGCAACCCUUGACAGCUGUUCCAAUGACAACCCACAUUGAGUGGCUUAUGAGAAUACGGCCCAUAGUCUGCAACUGACAUGGUAUGUGAUAUUCUUAGGCAGUGCGGUGUUGUUAGGCAUCUAGUAAUCCAUGGCAUCCAUCUGAGGGUGAAGCAGUGCAGGUAAGAAGUGCACUGUGAAAAUGUUGGCAUUUACUUCAGAAAAUGUGAGUGCCAGUUCACUUCUUAAAUCAGCACGAAAGCUUUCAUUUGGCUUUAAUUCAUCCAAAAUUAAAUAUUUUGCUUUUGGCACAGACAGAUGAUUGCCUAGUAAAAUAUAUUCUCACCCACCCUGCGACUAAUAUUUUACGUCUCUAAUCAGUACAGCCCAGGAGUUUGACUCCCCACUGCCAUGGCCUGGCUGUGGUAGCCAGAUGUUAAAUACAGCAGUGGCACCUUGCAUAUCAUGGACCAGCAUAGACCAUAGACUACAGUAAAGACACUUAAAUGUGCAUUUGCUUUCCAGCCUCUAGAGGCUCAUAGAAGUUAGAACAACUAAAUAAAGAUGGAAGUUAGUUCAAUAUAUGUACAAAGAUCCUUUCAUUGAGUCUUACAUUUUGGUUCUGUGGAGAGUUCAGUGACUGCAUGUUGUCUGGUGUCAUCAUGCUGAUUACACAAACAAGUUGUUUUCAAUAGCUAGUGACGUUUUGAGGCUGCUCCAUUUUAAAAAGGUGGAAUUGAAAUGCUUGAGUCACUUUUCCCUAUGUAUUGAUUAUAGCCAUGAUUAUGCCAGAGGGAGCUUGUGAUGAGAAAGGAAAACUGUCCUAAUACGCCUUUUGUAACUAUUCCCUUCCAAGGAAUUAUCUUUUUUCUAUCUUAAAAGUAAAACUGAUAUAGUUCAUUUCCUACUUCCUUUUCGGAGUCCCCUUGUGUCUGUUUCAGGUUUUAAGAGGGAAGAUAAGAAAUGCUGUGUGGAUUUUUGAGAAAGAAAAUAAAUGGUUUUUGUUCCUUUAAAAAAAAAUCAGCCUCCAACUGGCAAAGUAAGAAGACAUGGCAGGUGGUGGGACAGGAAGACACGAUUUCUCACUUAAUAUACAUCAUUGCACUGAGGAGGAGUUAUCACUGUUUGUAGGGUAGGUAGAGUGAGUUAGAAUGUUACUCACGUUUUGGUAUUUAGAUAAUUCCUUUAAAAUCUUUGCUUAUUUAUCCACUUAAGUUUCCCUGUGCAGUGCAAAUUCUGUGCCUGUCCAUUUUCAGAAUAUUGCCAUGAAGAUUUUGUUGUUUUCCUGGGUUUUUCAGAAAUGGUAAAUCUCUCUGCAGAUAAACAUAAUUAUGGCAACUUCCAAGCAGAAGUUAAAGCUGGUUACGAACAGCAGUUGUUAUGGAGACGUAUGUGCUGAGGUUAGUGCAAAGUGCUCCAGUAACACUGCAUACUAAGCGGAGAUUAGCCAAUGUUCAUCCUUCAGUGUGUGGGUGUCUUAGCCGUAUUCACGUACUGCAACACCUUUUCAUUAGAUAUCCAUUUUCUCAUACUAUUCUUUGGAUUUUACAGGGAAAUUAUACUUGGAUUUGUCUUGCCACAGUAGUUUUAGCAUAUCCGCCAAGGUACUUAUUUCUUUUGGCAUCCUGCACUAUUUUUUUUUUUACUGUGGAUGAUUCCAAAGCAUGGAAUAAUUACUUCUGUUCUCCCAGAAAAAAAUAGUGAUCUAGCAAUGUCCAUAAUGUGGCACCUUGCUGUGGUAUCUGGAGAGAGAGGCUGGGAAACAAGAUGUCUAAUGAAGAGGAAGAAGAUGAUUGAGUGCAGCUUUCACUGCAGAGUUCGCAAAUAGUCAAAUAAUGAAUUAGAUUAGGAAAGCAGUGGGCAUGAUCCAGCCAGCACUUGAGAGUCCCUUUGGUUUCAAUUGGAGAGUUAAGCACAUUGUUAUAUCUUAAAUUGAAAACAUUUGGACUUUUUAAUGUUGGCUGAAUUGUGCUCUGUAAGAUUACCUUGGAAUUCAGUUGCAUAUGAAUGUUGCUACUGACUUCAAGAGUGUACAACCACAGCAGUUAGGAUUCAGCAUAUGUAGCCCUUUAGAGGAAGUAGGCAUUUCACCAAUCAGCUUGAUUGAAGAGGAGGGGAACCGAAUUGAGCCCCUUCCCCGACAGCCAGCGGGUGGGAUUCUAGCUUCUUUUAAAGGUCUGUGUGCAUGUAGGGACAGUUGUCUGCUCAAGCCAAGGAAUUGAACAUGCAGCAGGUAUUUGCACACAGUUCCCUAUCUAGCUAAGAGUAUGUAUGCAGAAAUCUAGCUGGAUUGGGUGCUUGUACUCAUUGGCCAGUCCCUUGCAAAAACCCUCCUAAUUUGAGAAAAAGAGUAUAACAAAGUAAAUUGGCUUCUGUUCUUAUGUGUUUGGACUUUUCUAGCGAAUAAGCUCAAAGUUUAUGCACGGGUAAGGGUGAAUGGUCAGUUGUCAUUUCUUUAAUGACUAUGCAGUUUGUUUCACUAUGAGUAUAAUCUGUAUUUAGUGAACACACAGUGCUAAUGCCACUGAUUUGAAUUAUAAGGAAGAUAAAUGGAAUUUUAUUUACAUACAUGCAUAUAUUGAUAUCCUCUAAUUGCAAAAAUGUAAAUUUGAGCCUUGUAUAAUGUUCUUGUCCUUUUAAAAUAUCUUUAUGUAUAUUUAAAAAGGAAAUAAAGUAACUUCUCAUA